AUUUAAGUUAGAUUCGUCCAUGCGCAGUCUUGUCUAGAGAUGAUCUUUGUGCCUGACCAUGGUAAAUUGCUUAAUAUAGGAAGUGGGGGACCCACUAAUCUUUUAUUUAUAUCGACUGUAAUGCCCUACUGCCUCUCCCACUCUCUCUCCCACCCUCUCCCUCCCUCCCUCUCUCACUCUCUCUGUCUAAAAUAACACAUCCACUCGAGCUCUCUUGCAUCAUCUUCUGCCUUCUUCCUUGAGAAGAAGCAGCAGAAAGAAGAAAGGAGACGAUGGCUCUGCUCUAUCUCUCGCUGCUCCUGGUGCUUCUGAUGUUGCCGAUAUGCCCAGGCAAUGCCCAGUGGCCUCCAGCGCCAGGGUACUGGCCGAGCUCUAGGUUCAGGUCCAUGAGCUUCUACCAGGGGUUUAAGAACCUCUGGGGCCCUCAGCACCAGAGGGUCGACCAGAGCGCGUUGACCAUCUGGCUUGACAGCACCUCAGGAAGCGGGUUCAAGUCGGUCAAGCCGUUCCGGUCCGGGUACUUCGGCGCAUCCAUCAAGCUCCAACCGGGUUACACUGCAGGGGUCAUAACUUCAUUCUAUCUUUCGAACGGCGAGGCUCAUCCAGGGUUUCACGACGAGGUGGACAUCGAGUUCCUGGGAACCACGUUCGGGAAGCCCUACACGUUGCAGACCAAUGUUUACAUCCGGGGGAGCGGCGACGGCAGGAUCAUAGGCAGAGAGAUGAAAUUCCACCUCUGGUUCGAUCCCACCCAGGCCUUCCAUCACUACGCCAUUCUCUGGAGACCCAACGAGCUCAUAUUCCUUGUGGACGACAUUCCCAUAAGGAGGUACCCGAGGAAGAGCGCGGCAACCUUCCCGAUGAGGCCAAUGUGGUUGUAUGGGUCCAUAUGGGACGCCUCGUCUUGGGCCACGGAGGAUGGCAAGUACAAGGCUGACUACCGGUACCAACCUUUUGUCGCGCGGUACACCAACUUCAAAGCGAGCGGCUGCUCUGCCUACUCGCCGGCUUGGUGCCGCCCCGUCUCCGCCUCACCCUACCGCUCGGGCGGCCUCACCAGGCAGCAAUACCGCGUGAUGAGAUGGGUUCAAGCUCACCACAUGGUCUAUAACUAUUGCCGAGACUCGAGAAGGGACCAUUCGCUCACUCCAGAGUGCAGGAUUUGAGGAAGGAGGGUUCCCCCAAGAUUUUUCUAAAAGCCACAAGCUCAAGCACAGGGUCAAUUCAUAUGAUUUCACUCUUCACAUGUGUCGAUUUCUAUUGGGAUUUUGGGUUUCUUUUCUUUUUUUUUCUUUUGAGGUCAAGAGGAGGGCUGUCUUGAGAUGUAAUUUUCCCCACCUUGCUACAAGGACAUUUGGAGCAAGGUUUGUUGAGACUCAAGCGUCCAAGGCUCCCAAAUCAAGGGGCCAAAAAAAAAGGUGUGAAAAAGAAAGUGUGUGUGAAUGUUGAUAAUAAGAUUUUUCUAUUCUGCUCGAGGUGCUUUUGGGUGUACAUUAUUGGCUGGAUGGAUACAAGGUUUGGAAAGGGAUUGAGGGGGACGUGAGGGGAGUGAGCAAGGGAGAAUAAAAAGAGGAGGAGGGGCAAGAGAUGAUGAUUGGAGAUGCCAAAAGGAGAUGGGGAGUCAUGUGGUUUUUGAGUGUCAAGAGUCUUUCACUUGUCAUUUCCCAAUAAAGCAAAAGCUCUUUCA